AUGAGCUCCGGGCCAGAGGCGGAGAGAUGGAGGGUGGCAGCGAUCGCCGUCGCGAUCUUCUGCUUCUGGUCCGCAGCGGCGGCAGCAGAGUACCCCAAAUACAAGGACCCCAAGCAGCCGCUGAAUGUUCGCCUGAACGACCUACUGAGCCGCAUGACCCUCGAGGAGAAGAUCGGCCAGAUGGCGCAGAUCGAGCGGUCCAUCGCGUCCCCUGAGGUCAUGAAGAAGUACUUCGUGGGUCCGUAGGCGAUUCCCAUUGCUCUCUCUCUCUUUCUCUCGCUAGAGUAGGUCUCAUGACUGGUGAUGUUGGCGCAGGGAGUGUGCUGAGUGGUGGCGGGAGUGUUCCCGUUGAGAAGGCUUCGGUGGGGGACUGGGUGAAAUUGGUGGCGGGGCUCCAGGAAGGUGCCCUCUCCACCCGCCUGGGAAUUCCCAUGCUCUACGGGAUCGACGCAGUCCACGGCCACAACAAUGUCUACAAGGCCACCGUCUUCCCCCAUAAUAUUGGCCUUGGAGCCACCAGGCGAGUGUUCUCUUACAGAAAGCCUCCUCCCAAUUCCUUAACUCCCCUGGGCAUCACCAUGAUUCUUCCACUGCCCUCUCCCCUCUUGCAGGGAUCCCGAGCUGGUGAAGAGGAUCGGGGCGGCGACUGCACUUGAAGUCCGAGCGACCGGGAUCCCCUACGUCUUUGCCCCUUGCGUCGCCGUAAGUAUUCCCUUUCUUCUUCCUCUUCUUCUUCUUCUUCGUCAUUAUCCUGAACUUUUUCUGGCGUUCGAUGGACCAGGUGUGCAGAGACCCGAGAUGGGGCCGCUGCUACGAGAGCUUCAGCGAGGACCCGAAGAUCGUCCAGGCGAUGACGGCGGUCAUCUCCGGCCUGCAGGGAGAUAUCCCCGCCAACUCCCGCAAAGGCGUCCCCUUCGUCGCCGGAAGGUAACCCCAACGACCGAGAUGAGUUUUCUUCUUCCUGUCCUAUCUCUCUGGAGCAGUCUCUACGGGAUCUUCGACCUUUGACCGAUUUUCAACGCAGAACCAAGGUCGCCGCCUGCGCCAAGCACUACGUCGGCGACGGGGGGACGGAGAAGGGCAUCAACGAGAACAACACCAUCAUCGACUUCCACGGCCUGCUCGGCAUCCACAUGCCUCCCUACUACAACGCCGUCGCCAGGGGCGUCUCCACGGUGAUGGUCUCAUUCUCGAGCUGGAACGGGGUCAAGAUGCAUGCCAACCGCUUCCUCAUCACCGACUUCCUCAAGAACAGGCUCCGGUUCAGGGUACAUGGCCCGUCUCCACCGUUAAACCGCGACAUUCCCUUCUGUCACCUAACGGCUCUCCAUCUCCAGGGAUUUGUCAUCACCGAUUGGCAGGGCCUCGACAGAAUCACCUCCCCACCUCGAAAGAACUACACCUUCUCUCUCCAGACCGGCAUCCUCGCCGGCGUAGAUAUGGUCCUCUCUCUCUCUCUCUCUCUCUCUCUCUCCGUAGAUAUAUACGUUUAUAUGACAUUGAUCAGGGCUGGUGCCGAUAAUGUUGCAGAUCAUGCUUCCCUUCAACUUGACCGAAUAUCUCCGAGACACCACGUACUUGGUGAAGGGGGGGUUCAUCCCGAUAAGUAGGAUAGACGACGCCGUGAGGAGGAUCCUGCGGGUGAAGCUCUCCAUGGGGCUCUUCGAGAAUCCCUUCCCGGAGCCCUCCCUGGGCGACCAGCUGGGCAAGCAGGUGCGUUGACUCGAACUCUUCUACGUAGAUGGCCGGAGGCUUUGCCGACCUUUGAUGGGUAUGACUCACCGGAGACGACGGCGCCGCCGCCACGCAGGAGCACCGGGAUCUGGCGAGGGAGGCGGUGAGGAAGUCGCUGGUGCUGCUGAAGAACGGGAAGCCUGGGGCUGAGCCGCUGCUGCCACUCCCCAAGAAGGCCCCCCGCAUCCUCGUCGCGGGCAGCCACGCCGACAACCUCGGCUACCAGUGCGGCGGCUGGACGAUCACUUGGCAGGGCCUCAGCGGCAACAACCACACCCUCGGUAAGCAUCCUUUUAGACAGAGAGAGAGAUGAGCUUCGGGACAGGAACGACGAUCUGGGUUGUUCUCCGAAGAAAAGAUUGCUGGACUCUCUCUCUCUCUCUCUCUCUCUCUGUCUUUGAGAUCAUUAAGAGGAGCUUGGGGGGUCGAAUUCUAAAGCUUCUUUCUCUUUGGUUCGGGGGCAGGAACGACGAUCCUCGCCGGCGUGAAGAAAGCGGUGGAUCCGGCCACGGAGGUUGUCUAUUCAGAGAACCCCGCCGCUGAUUUCGUCGAGAACGGCGGCUUCUCCUUCGCCGUGGUGGUCGUCGGAGAGCACCCCUACGCUGAGGGAGAUGGCGACAGCACCAACCUCACACUGGCCUCUCCCGGGCCGGAGACGAUUCGCUGCGUGUGCGAGCACGUCAAGUGCGUCGUCGUCGUCGUCUCCGGCCGUCCGGUGGUGGUGGAACCCUACCUCGCCGGAGUUGACGCUCUGGUGGCGGCGUGGUUGCCGGGGACGGAGGGCGCUGGGGUGGCAGACGUCCUGUUCGGCGACCAUGGAUUCUCCGGGAAGCUCGGUCGCACCUGGUUCAGAUCUGUAGAUCAGCUCCCCAUGAACGUCGGCGACACGCACUACGAUCCCCUCUUUCCCUUCGGCUACGGCCUCACUACGGAGCCUUGUAGAACCUGA